AUGUCAAAAACGAUAUUAACGUUACAAACGCCUUUCCAAAACCUAAAGCUUAUAACAAUGAUCAAUAGAAUAAUGGGUUUACUUCCGUGCAAAUUAGUAAAUGGUCGAUUGAAACCAAGCGCCUGGAACCGUUUUUAUUGUGGAUUAUGGAUAUUAAUUCAUUGUGCGUACUCGGGUAUGUUUUACUAUGAUAUGUACAUUGCAUUUCUUGAAAAAGAAGCUAAUAAAAAGAUGCUAAUUUUUGAUAUCGUGCGGUUUACUGUCUUUAUCGCUUCGUUAAUUCCUUAUAAUUGUGUGGCGGCCUUUCAGGACCAAGAUUUUAUCAAGUUUUCCGACAAACUGGAAACGUAUGAUGACAAGGCAAGAGCAUUAGGAUAUGAAAGGAAGGAUAAGCACAAAUUCAUAUGGUUAUUUUUCGUAUUAACAACGAUCGAUCUGAUUAGAAAGACAUAUGACUCCAUUGAUGACAGCAUACCGGAAGGAACGACGGCAAUAGUAAAAACAAUAUUCGAGGGAGUCGUUCCAUUUGUCAUAGGCACUUAUUGCGUCUUUAUAACCGGCAUAUUUCUGGAUUUGAUAGGCCAACGUUUCCAUCAUCUGAACGAAACGAUAAUACCUCACGUUUCGCAGUUACCGAUUACUGGAUCGCCGGGCGAAAUCACGGUUUACGACGUGCGCUAUUUGCACGGUAUGCUCCUCGAUAGUGCGGAUCAGAUAAAUAGGUUGUUCGGGAUAGGUAUCUUCUUUACCUCCCUAUCUUUAUUGCUAGAAUUCGUCAAAAAUAUAUAUGUAUUGGCAACAAAAGGCAUAGAUGACAAUGAGAUCAUAACUAUGUUGGACUUAUUCUUUCAAGCCGUUUACCUGUACGGAAUGUAUCACUUUGUGGCUUACGAAAUGUUUUCUGCUAUUAUAACAUUUAUAACAAUAUUAGUAUAA